AUGAUCUUUGGGUUAGGUAGAUUGUUCUACGUAACGUUGUUGUUGAUCAAUGCAGUUGCAGUUCUAAGUGAAGAGAGAUUCUUAUCAAGAAUUGGAUUUGGAAAAGGUUCCAUGGAUGGUCCUGUGUUUGGGCAAGAGGAGAGUUCAACUAAAUCUAAGAUAGUCCAUUUGAUCGGAGCUGUACAGACGCUUUUAAGAAUCCCCUUGAUCGGAAUCAAUAUACUGGUGAUAGUGUAUGAAUUAAUAUUAGGAUGA